AUUUCGGUAUGCAAUGACUACUGCUAUCCUGGCUACAGCAGGAAAAAGAAGGAGGGGGAGAAAUUUUGCUGCUAUGAUUGUUCUCAAUGUCCAGAAGGGAAGAUUUCUUACCAGAAGGACAUGGAUAACUGUGUCAGUUGUCAAGCAGACCAGCAUCCCAACAACGACCAAACUCGAUGCAUUCCCAGGGUUAUAAGCUACCUCUCUUACAAAGAAGACUUAGGGAUCCUCCUAGUUAUCCUUGCCAUUUCUUUCUCUCUGAUCACAACAUUAGUACUUGGGACUUUUGUGAAGUACAAGGACACUCCCAUCGUCAAAGCCAACAACCGGACUCUCACCUACAUCCUCCUUGUAGCCCUACUCCUUUGCUUCCUUUGCUCCUUGCUCUUCAUUGGACAGCCUGGAAAGGUGACCUGUCUUCUCCGACAAACAGCUUUUGGCAUCAUCUUUUCUUUGGCCCUUUCCUCUGUACUGGCAAAGACCAUCACUGUGGUAGUGGCAUUCAUAGCAACCAAACCUGGAGGCAAGAUGAGGAAAUGGGUGGGGAAAGGAUUGUCUAAUUUUAUUGUCCUUGCCUGCUCCUUUAUUCAAGCUGGUAUUUGUACUUUAUGGUUAAGUACUUCACCUCCAUUCCCAGAUAUAGAUACACACUCAUUGAGUGGGGAAAUGAUAUUGGAAUGUAAUGAGGGCUCAGCUACCAUGUUUUACUGUGCCUUCGGGUAUAUGGGCAUCCUAUCCAUUGUGAGCUUCAUUGUGGCUUUCUUUGCCAGAAAGUUACCCGACACUUUCAAUGAAGCCAAAUUUAUCACUUUCAGCAUGUUGGUGUUUUGCAGUGUUUGGUUGUCUUUUGUUCCAACCUACCUGAGCACUAAAGGAAAAUACAUGGUAGCUGUGGAGAUCUUCUCCAUCUUGUCCUCUAGCGCUGGCUUACUGGGUUGCAUCUUUUCCCCUAAAUGCUACAUAAUUGUGUUGAGGCCUGAGAUGAACACUAGGGAGCAACUAACCAGGAGGGGAAAAAAUGAAAGAAUAUAA